GAUGUAAUGAUAGACGAGAACUGAAGUCUAUAGAUUUGCAAUUUCAAUUAAUUUCUAUUAAAUAAACAAAUAAGAAUGUUAACCGUUCGAUUGGGUGAACAAAGUGUACCUAUACUUCCGACUUCUUGUUUGUUAGUUUCCACCAAACAUCCAAAACAGCCGGUUUAUUAACGUAACACAAAUUUGACAACUUGUGGCGAAAAAUUCAAUCACGACCAUAUUCCUGCCAACAGAAUUUAGCUUCUUUGUGAAAUCGUCACGGCGUGAAAAUUUCGCUACGUGUAGAAACGCUAUCAAACAUUCGAUAAACUAAUUUGAACACUCAUACACACGUCAGUCUGACAAUGACGACACGGAAGAAGAAACGGCAGCAAGAUGGUGCAGACACAAUUGGUGUAGGAGGAGGAAAAGGAUUCCUCAAGAAAGUGUCGUCCUUAUUCAACCUGGAAACGACCGCUGUGUCUAGCUCGGAUGAUACGAAGCAUCUGAACGGAAAUUCUCCGUGGGAAUACGAUGAAAUAUCCCUAGUUCGUGGUACGACUGGACUCGGCUUCUCGAUCGCUGGAGGCACGGAUAACCCGCAUAUAAAUCUCGAUGCGUCGAUUUACAUAACUAAGGUUAUUCCUGGCGGAGCCGCACACGCCGACGGCAGAUUGCAGGUGAAUGAUUGUAUCGUGGCGGUAAAUGAGGUACGGGUGGUCAAUGUAACUCACGGCCAAGCGGUAGAUGCUCUCAAGAAGGCAGGCGAUCAAGUUACACUGCACAUCCGGCGCAAAAAACCGCCUGUCCAAGCGCCAAAGCUGGAAGAGAUUGAACUCUUGAAAGGCAACAAAGGGCUUGGAUUCUCGAUUGCUGGAGGAAUUGGUAACCAGCACAUUCCCGGCGAUAAUGGCAUCUACGUCACCAAGAUCAUGGAGGGUGGUGCGGCCCACAUAGACGGACGGUUGGCUGUCGGCGACAAGCUCAUCGCGGUGCUGACGCCAACAGCCGGAGAGCGUAAUCUGGAGAACGUCGUGCAUGAGGAAGCUGUAGCCACGCUCAAAGCUAUAACGAACCGUGCCACGCUGGUGGUGCAGAAAACAAACAUCCUGCAGGCGUUGGCAAACUCUAUCAGCAACUUGAACUCGCUGUCCACGAACGCCAUGAACAAGGUUGGUGUCAGCAUGGUCGACCACGGUUUGGCAGGUGACGUAGGAAACGGUACAGGCGAGAGUCGCGCUGAAGGUGAUGCCGAGUUCUCUACCACACGGUCCCAUUCACCGGUAUUUGUGCUGGAAAAUACCUCAUCUCGCUACGCAUCUUCUAACGUGCUGGAGACGGGUAUGCCAAUAGGAACACCAAAAGCCGUGAGCAGCGAAGAUAUAACUCGCUUGCCACGCACUAUUGUUAUUCGUAAAGGAGCCAGCGGCCUUGGCUUUAAUAUUGUUGGAGGUGAAGACGGUCAGGGAAUUUACGUAUCGUACGUAUUGGCUGGAGGUGCGGCUGAUUUGGGCGGCGAGCUCAAACGAGGCGAUCAGCUGCUGAGCGUUAAUGGCACCAGCUUGACCGAUGCAUCGCAUGAAGAUGCAGCUCAGGCACUUAAGAAUGCAGGAGGUACGGUCACACUGGAGGUGCAAUACCGACCGGAAGAUUAUAAUCGUUUCGAGCAGCGUAUUCAAGAACUGAAACAAGCUGUCGCUACAGGAACUGGGACACUUUUGAGAACUUCUCAAAAGCGCACACUUUACGUCAGAGCGCUUUUCGAUUACGAUCCUAAUAAGGAUGACGGUCUCCCAACGCGAGGCCUUCAGUUUCGGCAUGGUGACAUCCUGCACGUAACGAAUGCCUCGGAUGAUGAAUGGUGGCAGGCCCGGCGCGUUAUCGGCGAUGACGAGGAGGAGAGCAUCGGCAUCGUACCGUCGAAACGACGAUGGGAGCGAAAACAGCGUGCGCGCGAUCGCAGCGUUAAGUUCCAAGGCCACGCAUGCCCGAAUAAUAACAACCUGGAAAAGGUACCAUCAGACGAGGAGGUUGCCACACUUGAUCGCAAGAAGAAAAACUUUUCCUUUUCUAGAAGGUUUCCUUUCAUGAAAAGUAAAGAUGAGAAAAAUGAGGAUGGUUCUGAUCAGGAGCCAUUCAUGCUUUGCUAUACACAAGAGGACGCCAAUGCAGAAGCGGAGGAAAGUAUUCUUUCGUAUGAGUCGGUGCAUCGGCUGCAGAUAAGUUAUACACGACCAGUCAUCAUUCUGGGACCACUGAAGGAUCGUAUAAACGAUGAUCUGAUCUCGGAGUACCCGAACAAGUUUGGUUCAUGUGUUCCACAUACUACAAGACCCAAGCGCGAUUACGAAGUAGACGGUCGUGACUAUCAUUUUAUAGCAUCACGAGAGCAGAUGGAGCGGGACAUUCAGAACCAUCUUUUCAUCGAGGCAGGACAAUACAAUGACAACUUGUACGGCACCUCGGUGGCAUCAGUGCGUGAGGUUGCUGAGAAGGGCAAACACUGCAUACUGGACGUGUCCGGUAACGCGAUCAAACGGCUUCAGGUGGCACAACUCUAUCCGAUUUCCAUUUUCAUCAAGCCAAUGUCGAUUGAGUCCAUCAUGGAAAUGAACAGGCGCAUGACUGAGGAACAGGCGAAAAAGACCUAUGAACGAACAUUGAAAAUGGAACAUGAGUUUGGUGAAUAUUUCACCGCAAUCGUACAAGGUGAAACAACCGAAGAGAUCUAUGGCAAGGUUAAAAACGUCAUCUGGUCUCAGGGUGGGCCGACAAUCUGGGUACCAACGAAGGAAUCUCUAUGACCACAGGAAAACCUAACUUGGACGAUACCACUUAACAUGCGCGCCCGAUCUGUUUCCCGCUCUUGUUACCAUUGAUGGCGGUGGAAGAAUGAAUGCAGCUACAUUAAAAAACAAAAAAACAAUUUAGUGCCCUCGGAGAAAGUUGAAAGAAGAACAGGCAGAUGCAAAUGCAAAACAAAAUUAUAAAACAGCGAUGACAAAUAGUAAAAUUGUUAGCGCAAGUGUUAAUCAUUGAGAAAUAUCAAUGCGCGUAUUCAAUUGAUAUAUAAUAUGAAUGAAUGUAUUGAAACAGAUUGUCGGCAACAUUUCUAAGCAAAGUUCUAUGGAUUCAAAACAAUCGUCAAACAAAAUUGUGCAUUCUACAAAAAAGGGUUGAAUAGCUCCUGCAUGCCGAUUAGUUUCUCCUCAGCCCUUCUGUUUUGCCUUUAAACGAUUUAAUUGAACAGACAGGCAUUGUUAGCAAAAUUAUUCAAAUCAUUGCAGUAUAUGCAUGCAAGGUAAUUAGAGAAAGAGAACGAUAGAAAAUAACUUUUUAUUUUAAUUUAAUAUGAAUGUUCUAUAAUUAUUGUUUUUAUGACAUGAUCUAGGAGUGAUACUUAUCAUACCUAAUCGAGUCUUUCUGGUAGUUUGCUUUUACGCCCACAAAAAAAAAAACGCAAAGAAAAUCGAAUAUUAUAUAAUUAAAACGACACCAAGCAGAGAAUCGUUACAUC